AUGAGUGGAAGAAUACCACUGUUGACGGCCUUGCGGUCGUUGGCUCUCUCCGGAGAAGCCCAGAGCUAUUCCAGCCGUUCUUUACUGCGACGGCCCUUCUCGUCAACAGCGCAAUGCAGAACAGCCUCCAAGGAUACGCAGACGCAGAGUAAAAACGACCGCGAACUCGAGAACCGGUUACUAGGAGGUCAGAGCAAGAAUGCUGGCCCUUCGCGACUCGCAACACUGUCCCAGACCACACGAUCGAAGGCAGCAGCUUCGUCUAGCUCCAAAACGACGGAGGAGGUCAUAUCCAGAGUGUCCAGCCUUAUCCAGAACCCACAACGAACAACCGAGCUUCCUCACCGCCUACACAUAUACUCCCACAGACGAAACGUCCAUGCUACCUUGACAAAACCGAACAACGAUGUGCUAAUGUCCGUCAGCACAGGAAACAUUGGUUUCCGCAAGGGCCACCGAGGAGACUACGAUGCUGCGCACCAACUGGCCGUCUAUACCAUGGGCAAGAUACAGGAGCGAGGGUUUCUGAUGCAGAUCAACGGGCUGGAAGUGAUCCUCAGAGGCUUUGGGCCCGGUCGAGAAGCGUUCACCAAGGUCCUGCUAGGAAAGGAGGGCAAGGUCCUUCGUGAGAGAAUCGUCCGGGUGUCUGACUCGACGAGGUUGAAGUUCGGCGGCACACGAAGCCCAGCACUGUCUCUGGCUUCUUUUUUGUUUUACUCUCUUGACUCCGUGGCUACCUUGACUCUUUUUUUUAUGAUGGCUCCGGCUGUCCCGGCUGUCCGAGUCAACGAUCUAUGCUGCUUUAUAUCUUCACAAGCUCAAGAUAAGCAGCAAGAAAGAAAAGAAGAGAAGCUCAACUUCAAACAACCGCAGGCAGGCAGACAGUUAGACAGCCAGAGGACAACAGACCAGCUGAAGGCGACAGUGUCUACUCAAUAA